AUGAAGGCAACCACUACCGUAUUCGGACUGGCCUUGGCCCUAUCUGGCUCUGCCCAAGCCGACAUGGUCAUGAGCGGCUGCGCUAUCCAGCACAAAGCAGGCAACGGCGGAAAUGCAUUCACCAUCUUCUGGAGCGGAGUACCUGCAGCCUCUACGUCCACCAUCUGCGGGCACUUCGACGAAGACCUCACCGGCAUAACCACUUCCCAGAAGAUCCAAAAACUCGGCGACAAAUGUUCGACUGAUAAUGCGGGUGGAAUGUCAACGGUUGUCACCCUGAACAAACAGUCUUGCUUAACGCAGGCCAACGCAAUCAUUGAGGCAGCUAGGAAGGCCCUGGGCACUGGGGGUACGUUCGAUGAUACCAACACUUGCAACUUUGCAGUUUCGAACUGCUAG